CGCGUUUUCAGAAACGUCAUACAGCAUGCGACAGAGAUCUGAGUUUUCCACGUUGUGAAAGCAUAUUUCUGUUGUCGUGUAAAAAUGGGCAAAGAAGAAGAGUUUGCUACAUUAGGCAAAGUAAAUGUUCUCAAGAUAAAUCAUGCGGAUGACCCAGUGAUCAACUUCGAAAAAUGGAAGAAAAAGUACCACAAGACGAAAAUGCGAGUAAAGAAGGAGAGAAAUCAAAGAAAGAAACCGGAGUGGCAAGUGGAGAGGGAACAGAUAGAGAAACUUGUCGGCAAGUAUGACCAGAUAAACGCAAAGGACGCUAUUAAGUUUUCAGAUUUCCCAAUUUCAAAGAAAACUCUCAGAGGUUUACUUGCGGGGCAGUAUCGGCAACCCACUGAAAUACAGAGGCAGACCAUAGGGUUUGCUUUACAAGGGAAAGAUGUCCUUGGGGCCGCAAAGACCGGGUCUGGUAAGACUUUGGCCUUUUUAAUACCUGUGUUGGAGUCUUUAUACCGACAUCAGUGGACUGCCAUGGAUGGGCUGGGUGCGCUAAUCAUCUCUCCAACCAGAGAGCUUGCCUACCAGACAUUUGAGGUGCUACGCAAGAUUGGUAAAAACCACGAGUUCUCCGCAGGACUCAUAAUUGGAGGCAAGGAUCUUAAAACUGAAUCUGAAAGAAUCCAUCGAACGAAUAUUGUCAUCUGCACCCCUGGGCGGCUGCUGCAACACAUGGACGAGACAGCAACCUUCCACGUCUCUGACCUACAUGUUCUUGUUCUGGAUGAAGCUGAUCGUAUCCUUGACAUGGGCUUUGCAGACACUCUUAACGCAAUAAUCGAGAAUCUCCCUAAGACACGUCAGACACUGCUGUUCUCAGCCACGCAAACCAAAUCUGUCAAAGACCUGGCUCGUCUCAGCCUAAAAGACCCAGAGUAUGUGUGGGUGCACGAGAAGGCCAUGUUCAGCACUCCUGCCACCCUGGAGCAAAGCUUUGUGGUGUGUGAGCUCCACCAGAAGGUAAACAUGUUGUUUUCCUUCAUCCGGAGCCACCUGCAAAAGAAAGUCAUCGUUUUCUUUGCAUGCUGCAAGGAGGUGCAAUAUUUGUUCCGCGCGUUCUGUCGAUUGCGUCCAGGCAUGCCUAUCCUGGCCCUUCAUGGCAAGCAGCAGCAGAUGAAGAGAAUGGAGGUCUACAAAGACUUUGUUGGGAAGAAAAGUGCUGUACUAUUUGCUACAGAUAUUGCUGCCAGGGGGCUAGAUUUCCCUUCUGUCAACUGGGUGCUACAGUUUGACUGUCCAGAGGAUGCCGACACCUAUAUCCAUCGAGUUGGCCGUACCGCCAGGUAUAAAGAGGGAGGCGAAGCCCUGUUGGUGCUCCUGCCGUCAGAAGAAGAGGGCAUGAUCACUCAGCUCCAGGACAAGAAGGUUCCAAUCAACAAGAUUCAAGUGAAUCCAGAAAAACUUCAAAAUGUCCAGCUGAAGUUGGAGGCCUUCCUCGCCCAGGAGAUGGAUCAAAAGGAGCGGGCACAGAGGUGUUUUGUCUCCUACCUACGCUCUGUAUACCUCAUGAAGAACAAGAAUGUCUUUGAUGUAUUCCAGCUGAAAAUGCACGAGUUCGCUCUUUCACUCGGCCUUGCCGUGGCUCCGAGGGUGCGAUUUUUAAAUAAGGCCCAAGUACAAAAAAAGCAACUGACGGGCCAGGCGGAACAUGAGCAGCCUGAAGAUGCCGAACUCACACAAUUCAAGGCAAAACUGAGAGGAGAGGUUUCUGGUAAAGAAAGGAAGACAUCAGAAACAGAGGAGGAUGAGAAGGAUUCCAGCCCUGCACUGUUUCUCGGUGCAGCCUGUAACGAUGAUGAUGACGAUGAUCUCCGGGAGGUAGACUUGCUGACAGUCAAGAGGAGAGAUGUCUUCAGUUUGUCUGAAGACCAAUUGGAUGAUGAUGAAUACCUUGACCUUCCCAAGGGUAAAAAAGUGACAACAUUGUCGGAGGCUAAGAAGAUCCUAAAGAGAAAGUUCCAAGUCAACACCAAGAUCACUUUCUCUGAGGAAGGGGACACGGUGCAGCAGUGGCCGCUUGUCCAGAAGUCUGCAGUGCAGGCUGCAAAUGAAGAGCUGGAGGAGGAGUUCUCGGGUAUCAAUGUAGAAAAGGCUCGGGAGAGACUUCAGCGGGAGGACCAAGAGUUUGACAAGCAGGAAUACAACCGCAAAAUCAAAGAGAAAAAGAGGGAGAAAAGGCUAAAGGCUAAGGAUGCCAGGAGAGAGGCCAGCAAACGCUCAACAGAUAAGUCUGACGAGGAGGAGGAGGAAACGGUAGCAUAUCUGGAACACAGUGGUGAGGAGUUUGACCCCAGUACACUGCCAGAUCCAGAUAAACCUCAGACAACCUGGGAGCUUAGCACCAACACAUCUCUGAUCGCUCGCGAUAUGAGUGGGGAAAGCAGCAGUGACGACAGCGACGUGUCCCCAGCAAGCAAAAGGAAGAGAACGCUGCAUCACCAGCCUCUCGAUACAGGGCUCUCCUUGGCUGAAGAUGAGGAGCUGGUUCUGCGCUUACUUGGUAGCAGUUAAUCUGAUAUUUUAUGUUUGGAAUUUGCAGUUAUGUGCUCCCUCUUUCUCAAUAUAUUGUAUGAUUAAUUGGCAUAUGUGGAACAAGAAGCCGGCAAAUAGUGUUUCUUGACUAAAUAGUCUGCAAUAGAAUACUGUUUAUAAUUGUAUAACCUCAUUGAUUUCAUGCUUUAAAGAAAUAAUAUGUAUGCAUCUUUUACUAAGGUGUUGACUAAUAAAAUGAUUCGAUAAAAUA